AUGCCGAAGCAGACGCCGUCGCGAGCCUCUAAAAGAUCAGCACCAUAUCCCUCAUCGAAAGCAAAAACAGAAACACCAGCAACACCAAAAGAGAUGAAUCCUCUACGUGCUUCUACCCCUACGGUCCCGCAUGGACUAAAUCCGUGGCAAGGCCAUGGUUCACAGUCGCGUCCAGUCCCUUCUCAUAUUGCGACAUACCCCGGUCGAUUGUCAGGAGCAGAACGUCAGCCUGUCGCCUUGCCUAGCAGCCCUAUGACUCCUACGAGUACUUCUGGUCCAUGGUCGCCACGAGAUGAUGAAAUCCUCCUAGCAGCACGAGCCCAGGCUCAGGGCUGGAACCAAAUCCAGAGGGAUCACUUCCCGUCCAAAUCCGCUAAUGCCUGUCGAAAACGAUACGAGCGGUUGAUCGCAAAACGCCGUGGUUCUGAUUGGAAUGACGAACGCAUCGAUAGGCUCGCGAAUCAGUACAUGCAAAUGCGGGAACAGACUUGGCGUCCUCUCGCCGACGCUGUCGGUGAAAAUUGGGAAGAUGUAGAGAAGCUGGUGAGUGCUCCCCCGCCUCCCUAUGCGGUCAUAACACUUGCACCGAGUUGA